AGGAGGAAGAAGGGGGGGUUUGUGAGAGGCCGCAGCGUCACGUGGUCCGCCCUCAUCUCCUAUAAACAUCGUAUUCGCCUCGGGCCACGACGAGGGAACCGUCACGCUGCUCUGCACGGUCGAAGGAGACGACUACUUUCUUGGGGGGCUUUUGGCGUACAAAAAGUACACCCAGCGAAGGAAUAUGGCUCGUUUAACUCAGAUAUAACAUUGCGAAUAUAAAUAUGGCUAAAUACGUCGGGGAAAGCUGCGCUGCGCCUGGUUUGUUGACCAAAAAGUAACGGCUGUCCUAAUCUGGACUAGCAACGCACCGCACUUAGACAAAGCGUCAUAUCCGCGACGAUUCAUAAGUUAUUUUAGUUAUUUUUAAACUGCAAACAAGCCUUUGAGAUAUUUCUCAUAGGUAGUUGUUAAUCUAACGAACAGAAAUGGACCGAGGUGGCUGCCAAAUGAAUGGCGGCGGCGGCGGCGGUGGUGGUGGUGGUGGUGGUGGUAACGGCGGCGGGCCCGACCAACAUGGGAUGAUCACACUGGAGGACCUGGAGUCUUUCUCCGAGGACCAGCUGUCAGACUCGGGCAACGGCAGUCUCGAAGAGGAGGGUGAGACCAUGGAGGAAGACGACGACCGACUGCUGCAUUAUUGGCAGGACGCAGCGAGGGGACACCAAGUGGAAGUUCCUCAAGAAAUGUCAGGACCCAUUCAACAGCUAACCAGCAACAACCAAGGACGCAGUAACAGAGAACCAAUCCCUUUCACCCUCCUUUUACGCAAAGAGAAGUGUGGGGAGCUGCUGUAUGAGAAACGCCACUAUGAAAAGGGCCACUGGGCUUGUAUAACGAUGCGUGAGGACACUUAUGAACAGAGCAUCUGCUACGGUUUUAUGAGGAUAAUGAGAUACAUCUGCGAGCAGAACUCCUUCGGUGACUACUUGGGCAUGACGCUGCCCAUCGUGACAGUGGUGCGCACAGAUGAGAACCAUUCUGUGAUCUCCAAUGAUGUCACCGUGGCAUACUACCUUCCCGCUCACCACCAGGCCCAGCCUCCAACACCUACCGACAAUGAAAUCGUCUUAGAGAUCUGGCCUGCCACUAUUGUAUACACAAGGGCCUUUACCGGUCCCACCAACGAAGUGACCAUCAUUAAUCAGAUUAAUGCCAUGGCUGAGCUGCUAGACUCUCCUGGUGUGUGCGUCAACAACUCGUUCAUCGUGGCCGGCUACACCAACCCCGCUCACAGCAACCGUCAAAAUGAGAUCUGGUUCCUAGAGCAGCGCUGAAGGAUGAAAGGAUUAAGUAGCAUCCUAUCUGUGACCCUUGAGCCUCAUAAGACUCCCUUAACACUGCCCCAGCUCAGCUACAGCCUCAGGUGCAACAUCCUCUUUAGUCACCACCUCUACCUGAAACAAACACCAGCCCAGCACACUCCAGAUCAGUCGGGGCUUUCAAAAAUCAGCCCUUGUUCCAGCCUCAGAGAAUUUUCUUACAUGCUCAUUUGAAUAGAUUCUCAUUUCACCCAUAAGAACUAAACUAUACUACUGCCAUUGUCUCUCGGACACAACCCAGAUGCGUAUGCAGUGAAGCAUAGCAUUCAUCUCCUGCUCUGACUAUGAGGUGGCUAAAAACCUUUCCUAAACACAGUGCCCUCUUGUCAAAUAGUUUUAACUCUUAGCGCUCUGUGAACUCAGUGACCAUGGAGUGCUGUCAGAAACAUGCAACAACCUGUCACAGCAGAAACAGGUUCCCAGUGGACUUGCAGCCUUAUUGUGCUCCCUUUUGUGUUUGUCGCACAGCUACAGUGUCUUGUCAUGUGGGGUAUAGGUCAGUGAACAUCUGUCAUUCUCUAGCUUGCUGGGGUGAUUUGUCGCUGUCGAUCUGCUAUUUCUUCAUCUCUUGACAGUAUAACUCACUACAGGUUACAGUUUUAUGUGAUGCAGUCACACCGCAUAAACAGUUACUUUUAUCUAACAAUAAGUGCAAUAUUUACCAGAUAACCAAUAAUCAACAAGCCGGUUUUACAAUUACUGGGUCAAUAGCCUAACCAAAUCUAAUGGUGUGCUUGAAUCAGUUACCGGUGCGGUGAGGUGCGCAUGUAGAGGGGAGGGGAGGGGAUCUGCAGCCUGCAACACAACCCGAUAAACAACAUUUAUACCUGGAACAUCUGGUGGCUUCAACCAGAUAUAGACUCAACAUAAUAGGUGACACAGAUUUAGCAAACAAACACAUCUAAAGACAACAUGUCCAUGUGUGGUUUGUGCAUGAAUAUACGGCUACAAGGAGAGGGUGAAAACAAACAUCACACUUCUACAAACCAAACGCUGCAAAACUCACUGAUUUUCCUGCUGCUUGACAAUCAAAGUACUUAAUGCUAUACAUCCUUUUCGCUCAAGAAAACGAUGCAAGUCAACGCAUUCCUCAUGUUUCCUCAAAUCUCGUUCACGCGCAGGAAUAGUUUACCUAUGUACCUCUUUCUCAUGCUCUUUCUACUUGCUACUCCGUGUCAAUGUUAGUGAGUAUGCAUUCACUACUGUAUUGCAAAUUCCACUGCUGCUGGCUAGAGACAAUGCAACUACAAAAAGAAAUGGAGCACAAAGAAUAUCUCUACUGUGAUAAUCUUUUUUUUUUUUUUUAAA